CCCGUCACCUUCAUCCCACCAGCUGCCCCCGUCGCCGUCGUCAUCGUGCCCCCCUCCUCCAACCCCUCGUCUCUGCCACCACCGUCGAUGCCCACGACGCUGGAAUGAUCGUCCUUGACGAAGAAGACCAGCAGAAGUUGAAGGAUUCCCCCGCACAAGGCCCAACGCUCCGCUACCCCGAGCGUGCCGCUGGUCGUCGUCCAUUCAGUCCCCUCCCAGAUUAUGAGACCUCGCAGGCCCAGGCUUUCCGGCGGUUCAACGAAUCCCUUGUCUCUCUCCAUAAACCUGCUCCCAAAAGGCGAUUCUUCGACUCAAAGUUCUGGAGGGCGGCUCUCUCGGCCUUAAUUGUCUAUAUUAUCCUUUCCAUCGUCAUCGCUGUCCCCGUCCUCGUAACACAAACCAGAGACGGCUCAGGCCCAAUAUCAGAUCCAUACUCAUCUUUGUCCUACGCCGUCCCAUGGCAAGACCAUAACACAACCCCCUCCUGGUCGAGUCCACCCAACAUCAUAACCGCCGUCGAAAACGGGGCAACCCCAAUAUGCAACGCAUGGUCAAAUGCUUUCUGGAUAGAAGGCCCCGGCCUCUUCCAAGCAAGUACCCAACUCAACGUAUCCGCCAAUGGCCAGUUUAGCAUCGCCUCAAACACCUCGUACAUACAAGAUUUUGACAGCGUGAUUGGGAACCUUAACGUUGAUAUCAACCCGGAUCCCACUGUCAACCAAGCCAACUUAGGCUUAACCAUGCAGGCGUCAUCCUUUCAACUUCACAACGACACGCUCGUUUGCUUUGCCGUCACUCACAACUCUACUGACCUGUUCAUCUACAUCCCCUCCCAGCUUACCGCCAAUGACACAUUGCAAUUCAAUGUUACCCUUCUCUUUCCGCAAUCAAGUACCCCUGCGAACGUCGAUGUUCUGUCAACAUAUCUGCCACUCUUCUGGCAGAAGUUUGGAGAUUUUGGAAAUUACGUUGAUUUUAAUCAGGUGUCCAUUGAGGGUGGAGCAUCAAAGGUUACCGUCCAAUCUUUGCAUGCGCAACAAGUUCUCGUAGAUACAUCGUUGCAGCCGAUCAGUGGUGAAUUCCACAUCAACAACACGGCUACGCUGGGUACUAUCCAAGCACCUAUUGACGUAAACAUUACGUUGUACAACGAUCCCAAGGCAUCGAUGCCGACGUAUCUGGGUAUGAACACAGGGAAUGCGAACCUCACUGCCAACAUCACAGUCUAUUCGCCUCUUAAGACACCUACGACCCGUCCCAACUUCAUAACCUACCUUCGGACAUUCAGCGGCGACCUCUCGGCACAAAUGCUUCACGAUCCACAAUCGCCACCCACGGGCAUCAGAUUUACCGCUAUCAAUGACUUGGCACCAACAAAUGUGACGCUCGAUCGCAAGUACACUGGGAUGUUUCAGGCUACGACCCGUUUGUCAAAUACCAACGUAGUACAAGGCCCAGCAUGGUCGGACCCUUGGUCGUUUGAUGCUCCAUUAACACGGACAUACGAUAUCAUGUACAACACCACGGAGCGAGUGUAUGGUUGGGUCGGCUGGGGAUCGCUACCAACAGAGUACGAUCCAACGCAGGUCGGUGAGGUUAUCGUAUCGACAUCCAUGGACGACGUCUCUCUUUCCUUCGGGUGAGACCUCUUGACCUGCGGGGGUGGUCAUUUGUUGGGCUUCGGUUAUCGGACAGAGGAAUGCUUGGGCGUCUUUUUUUUUGGAUGGGACUUUCUUUUUGGCUUAUGCAUCAGUCGCGGGUCGAGACUCGUUAUUCCCAUCCUGUCCACUCGUUUGGUCGGUAGUAGCACUUCAUUUUGUUUUUAUUUGAAGUUUUCGGCAUGGCAUUGUGUAUCAUCAGCCAAUACAACGCAGUGUAAUAGAUUACGAGUUUCGGUAAUAAACGGGUUACACUCCGUGAUACCCUCUUCUAAUUCUGGUGAAUGGACUAAAAUGUCUCCUACUGUAGCUAUUAGGAUCAGAAAUAAA